CCAUGGUAUUAACUGAUUCAUUACUGCACCGACAGAGACUAACAGACUGGUUUGAAAUUCAAACAAAGGUAUCAAACAAUAUAAAAGCGUGCUUAUCCCGAAAGGAAUUUUGUGAUAAUGUUCAAGGGCGACAUUGGUGUCUGAAUGGAAGGCAAAGCACACCAACAAUAGCCAGCUGAGUCGAGUCGAGUCAAAACAAAAUAUUUUCCUGAAAAAAAACAGCGAGCUGUGUUAAACAAACACAUGAGCCUGGUUCUGGUACAUGCUUAAGCUGGUGUGAGACACGCGAAAAGGAUUACCAAGGUUAUUCGGUAAAUACGAUAACGUGUAAAAAUGACUGUGCAUUCCUGUUCCACUUUCUUUUCUUUGUUAAGUUGCAGCGCUCUCCUCUCACGGGAUUUCAUAUCAGUGUUUGAAAGUCUGACACACGAGUAAACUGCAGAACUCUCCUCUCAGCUGCUAUGAUUGCCUGCUAUCUAUAUAAAUACUACCAGAGUCUAAUGAAGAUGGUCUACACUGUAUGUAUGCUCACUGCUACGCUUGAAACGUGUGAGUCUGCCAGUGACAGGUGUACCUCUUCCUCUGUAUCAAGCUGCAAUGACUGUCUGUACCGGGGGCCAGAAUGUGGGUGGUGUUUUCAAGAGGAUUUCCUGGUUGGAACAGCACUGCAUGAAAGAUGUGACCUUGUCUCCAACCUAAUUAAGAAAGGCUGUAUAUCACAUUUUAUUGAGUCUCCCUUAGUGAAGGUAGUGGUGAAUGCCACCUCAGCAAGCUCACAGGUCACACCAAGAGAUGUUUCAUUACAUCUGCGGCCAGGCAGUGAAGUAAACUUUAUUUUAGAAGUACACCAACUGGAAAGAUACCCGGUGGACAUGUACUAUUUGGUGGAUGUAUCUGCAUCGAUGCAAGACAAUUUAGAUAAACUAAAGUCUGUUGGAUUUUCUCUGUCGCAAAAAAUGCAAGAAUUUUCCAGUGACUUUCGGCUUGGCUUUGGAUCAUUUGUGGACAAGCCUGUUUCUCCUUACAUUAAUGUCCAUCCACCUAAAAUCAUGAAUCCAUGCAGCGACUAUGAUAUACAGUGCAGGCCAGCACAUGGGUUUAUCCAUGUGCUUUCUCUUACUGAAAACAUCACAGAGUUUACAAGAGUGGUUCAACAGCAACACAUUUCAGGAAACAUGGACACACCAGAAGGAGGUUUUGAUGCAAUGUUCCAGACAGCUGUGUGUCAGAGCCAUAUAAGUUGGCGUAAAGAAGCAAAACAUUUACUACUUGUGAUGACCGAUCAACCGUCUCAUCUGGCACUCGAUAGCAAGUUAGCAGGAAUCGUUGUACCUCAUGAUGGAAACUGUCACCUGGUUAAUAACACAUAUAGUGAGGCAGCUAAUAUGGAACAUCCAACUAUAGGACAACUGGCUGAAAAGUUAUUGGAAAACAGCAUUUAUUCUAUUUUUGCCAUAGAAGGACAACAAUAUACGUGGUAUGAGGAUCUCAUUCCAUUACUGCCAGGUGCUGUGGUUGGAAAACUUGAAUCAAAGGCAUCCAAUCUGAAAGAGUUAGUGGUAGAUGCAUACAAGAAACUCUUAUCUGAGGUGGAAUUGCAGGUGGAAAGCCUGACAAAUGGGGUGUUUGUUAACGUCACUGCCAUCUGUCCUGAUGGCUCAACAUCUCCAGGCCUGAAGAAAUGUGGAAAUGUGAAACCAAAUGAAAAAGUUCUUUUCAAUAUAAAAGUUGGAAUGCAAGAGUGUCAUGGUCUGGGAGAUGAAGCAUAUAUAUUCCUAAAGCCUUUUGGGUUUAAUGAAACCACCAAAGUGAGACUCCAGAGUCAAUGCUCGUGCCGGUGCGGCAGUCCAGCAGAGCACACUCCUGGAAAGUGCCUGGAUGAAGUGACUCCUCCAGACUGUGAAAACUGCAGGUGCAACCAUAUGGAGAAGACAAAGGAUGGCCAGCUUCCUUUAAGAAACUGUCAGGCAGACCAAAUGCAGCCCGUCUGCAGCGGUCGAGGUCUUUGUUUAUGUGGAAAAUGCUUAUGUGACCAAAGCAGCCUUGGAAGAAUCUAUGGAGAAUACUGUGAAAUGGAUGGCUUUUCUUGCCCCUAUUACCAGGGACUUCUUUGUGGUGGUCAUGGUCAGUGUAUAUCUGGCAAGUGUGAAUGCAGCAGUGGCUGGGAGGGUGAAAACUGUAACUGUUCUGUCUCUACUGAGACCUGUUUGACGCCAGACUCUCGGAUCUGCAGUGGAAGAGGGAAAUGUGUCUGUGGAAAGUGCCAGUGUGAAGAUCUAAGAAGUUCAGGUCAAUUGUGUGAACUGUGUCCAACCUGCGAAAGCUCGUGUGAAACAUACUGGAAAUGUGUGCAGUGCCACUUGUUUAAUGACUUUUCUGAAACUAAAACAACACAGUGCAACAGGACCUGUUCCCCCAUGGUACAUUAUGUCAAUCAGAUUUUUGACUCAGAAAGUGAAAAUUUUAAAAACUGUCUUUAUCCAACAAAAGAAAAAUGCCACCAUAAAUUUCAAAUGGUACCUAUCUUUGGAGGAAAACAGAUCCGUAUCUUCAGAUACCCAGAAUGUAUAACUGAGCAGAGUUACUUUCCUACAUUUAUCCUGUUCUUCAUUCUGACGGUGGUGAUUGGAGUAAUGGCAAUAGGAAUCUUGAAAUGCAUUGUGAUGCGAGAGAACCAUGUGAAAGGCGAGUCUCCGCUUGAUGUCUAUAGUUUAUCAACAAAGAAGGACUACUUUCCUACUGCAAAUGAGAAGACAAUAACAUACAGAAGGGACAGACCAGGAGAGAUGCAUAUCCACAUCCACAAAAUGCCAUUACAUGACAUCUGACAACAAGUAAAUACACACUGGUGAACAGUACAAUAGGGGAAGAAGCAUCUAAAAUGUGAAUGUGGAUUUCCAAACUAUAUAUAUAUAUAUAUAUAUAUAUAUAUAUAUAUAUAUAUAUAUAUAUAUAUAUACAGUGCCUAUAGAAAGUCUACAUCCCCUUGAACUCUUUUCACAUUUUGUUGUAUCAGUGCCUCAGAGUUUCAGGCACUUAAAUUAGGAUUUUUUUCCCACUUAUCUAUAAACCAUACUCUACAUUGUUAAGGGGAAAAUAAGUUUUUAUUGAGAAAAAGAUUAUAUAUUAAAAAUCCAAAACUGAAAGAUCAUAAUUUGAUAAGUAUCCACCCCCCCUGAGUUAAUACUUGGUGGACGCACCUUUGGCAGCAAUUACAGCUGUGAGUCUGUUGGGAUAGGUCUCUACCAACUUUGCACACCUAUAUUUGGCAAUAUUUGACCAUUCUUCUUUACAAAACUUUUAAAGCUCUGUCAAGUUCCUUGGGGAGCGUUGAUGGACAGCAAUCUUCAAGUAAUGCCACAAAUUUUUGAUUGGAUUUAGGUCGGGGCUCUGACUGGGCCACUCAAGGACAUUUACCUUUUUGUUCCUUAGCCACUCCAGUGUAGAUUUGGCUGUGUGCUUUGGGUCGUUGUCAUGCUGAAAGGUGAACUUCCGUCCCAGUUUCAGCUUUCUUGCAGAGGGCAACAGGUUUUCCUCAAGGACUUCACUGUACUUUGCUCCAUUCAUUUUCCCUUCUAUCCUGACAAGUGCCCCAGUCCCUGCCGAUGAGAAACAUCCCCAUAACAUGAUGCUGCCACACCAUGCUUCACAGUAGGGAUGGUGUUCUUUGGGUGAUGUGCUGUGUUGGGUUUGUUCCAAACAUAACGCUUUGAAUUUAGGCCAAAAUGUUCCAUUUUUAGUUUCGUCAGACCACAAAACUUUUUGCCACAUGGCUACAGAAUCUCCUGAGUGUUUUUUGCAUACUUCAAACGGGAUUCAAGGUGGUCUUUCUUGAGUAAAAUACAGGCCAGAUUUGUGGAGUGCUUGGGAUAUUGUUGUAACAUGCACACUUUGACCAGUCUUGGCCAUAAAAGUCUGUAGCUCUUGCAAAGUUGCCAUUGACCUCUUGGUAGCCUCUAUGAUCAGUCUCCUUCUUGCUCGGUCAUCCAGUUUGGAGGGACGGCCUGAUCUAGGCAGGGUCUUGGUGGUGCCAUACACCUUCCACUUCUUAAUAUUCUUCUUGACCGUGCUCCAAGGGAUAUUCAAGGCCUUUGAUAUUUUUUUAUACCCAUCCCGAUCUGUGCCUUUCAACAACUUUGUCCCGGAGUUCUUUUGAAAGCACCUUGGUGCUCAUGGUUGAGUCUUUGCAUUGAAAUGCACUACCCAGCAGAGGGAACCUACAGGAACUGCUGAAUUUAUCCUGAAAUCAUGUGAAUCACUACAAUUUAACACAAGUGGAGGCCACUUAACUUGGUGUGUGAUUUUGAAGGCGAUUGGUUACACCUGAGCUAAUUUAGGAUUGCUGUUACAAGGGGGGUGGACACUUAUCCAACCAAGCUCUUUCAGUUUUUAUUUUUAAUUAAUUUUCUUCAAAUUUCUAGAAUAUUUUUUUCACUUGGAAGUUGUGGGGUAGGAUGUGUAGAUCAAUGAAACAAAAAAACUAUUUUAAUGCAUUUUAAUUCCAGGCUAUAAGGCAACAAAAGGUGAAAAUUAUGAAAGGAGGUGUAGACUUUCUAUAGGCACUGUGUGUGUAUAUAAUUUUUUUUGUACUUUAUGGCUAAAAAGAAAUCUACUCCAUAGCCACCAAACUGAGAACAUUUGGGAUAAUUCUGAUAUUAAAUCAAGUAGGGCACGUGUUUAAAGAUGAGGUAAUCAGCACAUGACUUACUGUGCUUGUUUUUUUGUUGAUGUUUUUGUAUUGUUUUUUAUGUUUUAAAUUUGACACCUCAUUGACAGCAAAACAUUUUUUAAACUUUCAAAAACUGCAGACCUGUUUUAAUGUAUAUCUUUUGUUUUUUGCCAACAAUAACUUGAACUGAACAUGUUUUUUUUUUCUUUUUCCUUAUAAUUUUAACAAAUAAAACAAAGAUAACAAGUAUAAAUAACAAACAGGACCAACAAUUUAACAAAAAAUACAGGCUUCAGUUAGACAUUUACUUACAUACAUUCUGUGUUUCAAUAUUUGUAAACUCUGUGAUCAGAUUUGUAUCAAUUAUUUUACAGAAUGAAAUUGCGUGGACAGAGCUAGUAUACUGUUGUAGCCAUGCAGUAGUACAACUGUCUUUCAAAGUGUUAGUGAUGUCUCUCCUUAAAGCUUCUUGAGUUUUCUACUCAAGUAUUACAACUGCUUGUGUUUGUGAAUUUGCAGUGAAUAACUCAUGCAUGUUGCACAAUAUUUUCUAAAUGUUUAGCUGAUACCUGUGUGUACAAAUCAUUUUAGAAACUGAUUGUUUUAUUGUGUAUUUAUACUGUUUAAAAACUGUACCUUGGAAACACUGGAGAGUGUUGUUGACAAUAGCUGCUAUCAAACUAAUACAGAUACAUAGAUAUUUAUUAAGUUAUAGCAAGUGUAACAUAGAAAAUGGUAGUUUAUUUUUUAUAAAUAUAAUGUGUAAUACAUUCUGUAUGUUUUUGUGUUAACAUUGUUUUUUUAACUUAAUAUGUACGAAAUAUUGCUAUGAUCGACUGCUUUUCCAGAUACAUACUGUACGGUACUUACAACUUAAUUCCCAACCAUGUGUAAAAUUUAAAAUCGGUGUACUGUAAGUAAUACGCUGCUCUGUUUGUUCUUAAACAAAUCAUUACAAUAAAAUCUACCAGUAAUAA